AAAAGCUCGAGUUUUCAUGAUUUUGUUUUCUUCCUUUUUUUUUCUUUUCGUGCUUCAAUCAGUCUUUCUUUUUCUUUCAUUUCUUACAUCCUUUUGAAGUUAGCCCGGCGCUUGUCUAUGCGUUGAUUCUCGUGAAUUGAAUGAGCAGUGCUGUCACCCGUGUUCACAAUUCGCCACGCUGGUUUCACAAACGCCCGUUGUUUUGGAUUUGUGCUUUGGCACUCGUCGCUGGAAUCUACCGAGGCUUGCAAAUGAAUCAUCGUGUGAUUACUCGAGCUCUUGUUGGCCUUGUUGCGCUCGCUCUAGGGGUCUAUCUUCUUGCAUGCGCAGCGCCGUAUUCUGCGAACGAGUCGGUCGCGACUGCGCUUCUCAGUGACCCUCAAGCUCCAAAUUUCGCACACUUGGCAAAAUCCCGGGCGCUUUCAACAAUGAGCCAACAGCAGUCCGUGCCUUUGAGCAGCAACACAUCCGAAGUUGAGGAGAUUGGCCGCGCGCAUGCUCGUCCGAAAAAGGUGCACCACAUUCAGCUCAAUGAAGUCGUAGAUCAAACCUUCAACGACACGGCAUCAUCGUUGCCAAUGGACAAGACAACCUUGGCGAGGGGUUUUGUCAACAGUCACAUUUUCCAAGGACUUUGUGGUGGCAAAGUGGCUAGAAGCAAACACCACGCCCUCUUUCCCAGAUUCCCGACCGUCAAGAGACGUGUUGCUUCACUUACGGCGGACUUUGCAGACGAUGAAUACUUCCAGCGCGUGUUUGGCUUUAUUGUGCCCAAGGUCACGGGAAUGUACAGGUUUGCGGUCGCGUCUGACGACACCUCCGAGUUCUGGCUAAGCACGGACAACCUUGCCGAGCACGAGCGCCUGCUGUGCUUUGUCGGACGACCAGAGGAUCCAGAAAACGAAGUCUGGACCCAUCCUGGCGAUUACAGCCGGUAUUCUUCUCAAAUAUCGCAGCCUGUGCACUUGGAUGCCAACCGCGCGUACUUUAUGGAGCUUUUCCACAAGCAAAGCGGUGGAGGGGCGCAUGUCUCGGUGGCUUGGCAACCUCCCAGUGAGACCGAAUUUGCAGUCAUCGAGAAGGAAUUUCUGAUGGGCUACGAGAAUGAGCUGGAUGAGCUUCACAGUGCCACCGAUGGCCACGAUCAUGGUGCAGCAGCAGCGCCGCCUUCGCACCGCCACUACUUUGAAGUGGAAGCUGGCACGGAAAUUUCCCCGUCUCCCGCGAUGGACCCUCGAACAGAGUUCUGGCGCAUUCCACGUGUGCCACCUCAAGUGACCCUUCAUGUCCUCGAGACGUGCGAGUAUCAUCCGAGCUAUCUCGCCAAUCGGAAACUCAAUCGCUACGAAGGAGUGUCGAUGGUGGAAGUUUCGGAAGUGUUUCCUGACGAUUCGACCGGGUUACUUUUCAACCAACAGCCGGAAAGCGCCAACCCACUUAUUCCGACCGAUCAAGCCAAGGCAAUUGUGGUCGAGUACCUCGAUUUGCUCAACGCACGGCGUCCAAACGAUACGCUCGUGUUAAAGCGAGUGGUCAACAUUGUCAACAAGCGGGACCGCGCUCGCGGUGCGCUGCGGACACUUUUGGAAAUCGACGUGGCACCGUUGCACUCCCCGGACAAGGUGCAGCGACUGUCUCAAUACGUGUACCGGCCGUCGGCUGCCGAGGAGCUGUGCUACCCCAGUGGGAUGGUGUGGAAUGCCACCGCAACCAUUCAUCUGGUCAUUCCUGUGAAAAACCAAGUCGCGUGGGUGGCGCACCUGAUUGAGAAUCUCGAAGCGCUGUGGAUCGAGACUCGCGACGAGCACGUGAAUCUUGUGCUUGUUGACUUUGACUCGACCGAUGGCGACUACGAGGCAAUGCUGCGGCGCAGUCGCAUCCCGCACUACACGUUUGUCCGCAAAACGGGCAACUUUGAGCGCACAACGGGCAUUCAGGCGGGUGUCGACACCGUCCAGAAUGCCAACGACAUUGUCUUUACGUGUGAUCUGCACCUCGACAUUCCCGCGACGUUGCUUGACGACAUUCGCAAGCACACAAUCGCCUCGAAGCAGGUCUAUGCGCCGCUCGUGGUGCGACUCGGAUGCGGUUUCACCCCUGCACACCCGAACGGAUUUUGGGAGCAUGCUGGAUACGGAUUGCUGUCAAUCGUCAAGCGGGACUUUGACCGCAUCGGAGGCAUGAACACUCGCGAAUUUGGCGACAGAUGGGGCGGUGAGGACUGGGAGCUGCUUGAUCGGGUGCUGUCUGCCAACCUCGAGGUGGAACGCUUGCGCCAGCCUCGGUUUUACCACUUUUGGCACUCUCGAAAGGGCAUGUGGUCUGGGACGGCAUGAAUGGUGGGUUGUUUGUUUGCUUGUUGUUUCGCAAGCUGCAGUACUGGUCAGGGUCAGGCCACAUACGGGCCUUGCGCACUGUGGUUUUUGUUGCACAUCUCACCGCCUCCCCCACCACCACCUUCAACCAAACGAAUAAACCAUCGACACAAUGUGGGCC